UAUAAAAUGGGGAGCAAUGGCCAACGAAAGGCAGUUGAAAGAGGUUGCUCGUUUGGAAAAUAUGCGUCUGUUCGUGGCUCUGGUUUGUGUCAGCUUGGUGGCAGUGUCCUCUGCCCAGUUGUCCCUGCGCGGAAGAUUGGGCCGCUCGGCCAAGGUGGACUUGGCGGUGGAGCCACCCACGCUGCUGGCCAAGGCUGCCGGUAUUGUGCCCACUGUGCUCGUGAAGAAUGCCGGCAUUGUGCCCACUGUGCUGGUAAAGGAUGCAGCCCAAAUCCUGCCCGCCGUCAAUGUGGCCGCCGAUGUGGAAGCCCCCAGCAUCCUGCCCCAGGUUUCCGACAACAUCUUGCCCUACUACCCCCGCUACUGGCCCAACUUUGAAUCCUAUCCCGGCUAUCCCGCCGGCUGGAACGCUCCUGGCUACUGGAACAACAACUACUACAAUUAUGGAGCACCCUUCUUGCGCAGACGUCGUCACGCCCAGCCCGCUGUGUCCGCCACCGUGGUCAGCGCACCCUCGUCCACCUCCUCCUCUUCCACCACCACCACCACCACCACUGUGUCUGGCGAGGAUUCCCCAGCUGUGACUGCCGACCAGGCUGCUGCCUCUUCCGAAAAUCAGGUGUUCAGCACCCAGGUGAUCUAAGGAGCAGUCGGCGAAAUAAUAAUUAAAAUUAAUAUCUUGAGCAA